AUGAAUUGGACAGGCGGCCAGCUGCAGCGUUCUAACCGCUCAGGCCUACUGACCAAAGCCCAGAAGCAGAAUUUCGCCAGGUCUCGAUCAAAAGCGAAGGGCACGGCCUGUCCCCCGCCUUCUCCGUUUCGCAACUUCCCUGAUUCUGGACCGUGGGAGGGCUUGAGCACAGUUGAUAGAGGUGCAGAGACACACGCAGGACAUCAGGCUGCAGUAGAGCCAGUUUCACAUUCAAUUGAAGACUAUACAUCCAACACUGAAAAUGAGCUAAGUGACAUCAAACGCCAACUCCUCAAAGAGCCUGACUGGGGUGCUGUGUCUGCUACUCGUCCCCUCGAACUUGCCUUUACGACUGUUGAGGAAGUUGAGCGAUUUGGAAAGCGGCGCAGGCUGCAUGAUAAAGAUGGAAGACGGCUGGUGGCAGCCAAAAACAAUGGGUUUACUUUUUUCGAGCUCCCCAAAUAUACACGGAGAGAAAGGCACCCGUCCUCGAUCAUCGAUACGGUCGAAGACAUCCAGAUCGAAAUCAACGGACGACCGGUUGGUAUGCAUGUCAAAAACAGCUCAGGGCUGGGCAUGAGCAGUCUGUCAUCACAGUCAAUGCUUCUCGAUCAUGAGGGACCUUGUGCCUCCGAACAAGAAGAGAAGGAAAGUCUGACAGCCACCUGGAUUACCAAUCUGUUUCCCCAAUCCCAGUGA